UAAUUUUCCCCCUUUUCUCUCUUAUAUAUCACUUUCAAUUUAAUCAUGAAAUUUGGCGAAGAGUUGGAAAAUAAUAUCUAUGAGCCAUGGAGGUCUGAAUAUGUUGCAUAUAAUGACAUUAAACUUGAUAUGAGAGAACGUCAAGAUGACCAUAAAUGGAACGAUAUGGACGAGGACGACUUCGAAACCGCCUUACGAUCAGAAGCAGACAAAGUUGAUAAUUUCAUCACUAGGAAACAACGAGAGAUAGAGUCACGUUUAGCUUACUGUGAACGGUCUUUAACUCAACAAAGCAAAAACAUUACACCAUCCGUCGCACGCAAUUUGUUUGAUACAACCGACGAUACUCUGACCGAAAUUCUAAUGGAUCUUAACGAUCUUUCAAAAUUUACUCGUUACAAUUUCUUGGCUAUUCAAAAAUUAAUCAAAAAGCAUGACAAAUAUACUGAUUAUAACAACCAACUCUUAUUCGUUGACAUCAUUCGCUCUAAAUCCCUAGACAGACAACGGUUUGAUGUGGCUUUAGUGAAGAUUUCCACUUUACAUGACAUAUGUAGCUUACGUGGUGAAGUACGCCAAGGAAAUUCUGCUGCUGGUUUGGACCAAAAUGACUUUGAACGUGCAACUGCAAAAUACUGGAUCCAUCCUGAUAAUGUGACUGAACUGAAAGCUAUUUUACUUUUCCAUUUACCUGUACUUGUAUUUAAUCCUGAGAAACCAAUAGAACCUGCAGAUAGCGCUAUUUCAAGUGUUUAUUUUGAUAAUCCGAAUUUCGAUCUUUACCAAGGUCGUCUUCAACGCGAUGAAAGUGCCGAAGCUAUUCGUUUUCGUUGGUAUGGUCCCAUGGAAUCUAAUAGUAUCUUUAUCGAGCGUAAAACCCAUCACGCUCCUUGGUUGAACGGUGCUUCCGUCAAGGACAGAUUUCGGUUAAAUGCUGACAAGGUGGAUGAUUUUAUUGACGGAACUUAUACUGCCGAAAAGUAUGCUGAUGACUUAAAAGCAAAAGGCGCUACUGAAGAUGUUGUCAAAGCAAAUUACUUCAUUGCAUCUGGUGUUCAAAAAUCUAUUAGUGAGAAAAGCCUCGAACCCAUCAUGCGUGUGUUUUAUAAUCGUACAGCUUUUCAAAUUCCCGGUGAUCAAAGACUUCGUCUAUCUCUUGAUACUGACAUGACUUUUGUCCGUGAAGACGGCAAGGCUGAAAGGAGAAAGGGUUCAUGGCGUCGCCCUGAUAUGGGUAUUAAUUAUCCGUUUGAUAACUUGAACCCUGCCGAGGUUUACAAAUUCCCUUAUGCUGUGCUUGAAACCAAAUUACAAACCCAUCUAGGCCAAGAACCCCCACAAUGGUUAACCCGUUUGUUAGAAUCACGUUUAGUCUAUGAAGUACCUCGCUUCUCAAAAUUUUUACAAGGUGCUGCCUUUUUUUGGAACCCCCGUCUUCCCUUGUUACCUUGGUGGCUCAGUCAAUUAGAAUUGGACAUCCGCAACGCUAAAAUUCCCACUGGUAACUUUAGUGGAUUGUCAAGAAGUAAGAGUUUGAAGCCUUUAAUCGAUGGCAAGUAUCGUAUGGGUUAUCUUGAAUCUCAGCUCGAACGUAGUUCUACGUUGAAACGUGUCGAAAGUACUACCAAAAAGCCUCUCUUGACUCGCAAUGCCUCCAAACGAUCCAGUAAAAUGCCUCGUUCUGCUGAAACCGGAAAUCUCGGAAGAAAGCUUACAUUAACUCGUUCGACAACGCCAGGAACUAUGAAUGGAGCUAGCAAUUCGCCUGUUUCUCAAACUGGUUCACACCGUAGUGGCAAUCCUUUCGACGACCCUAUCUGGUCUCAACAUGAUAUCUCGUACGACACACCUAGUGGAUUAGCAGGUCGGAACUCGGUAGCAGGAUCCGGUUCAACGUCUCGUUUGCGCAGUAUGACUCCUGAUGGUAGACGGACAAAUGACUUAUUCGACACUUCAUCGACAGAGUUUCUCAUGGGAGGCAAACAAACCCCUCGCUCAUCAUAUGCUCAAAACGAAAAGAGCGGCAAAAUUAGCGAUUCUCGUUUAAAUUCUUACUUUGAUGAAAACUUGGAAGCCGGUAACGGGGGAUAUGAUUCUGAGGAAGAAGCCGCUGAAAGGAAAAGAAUCAAGAAAGAAAAGAAGAAGGCAUUGAAGGAGAAAGAAGGCGGUGCAACAAUAGAACCCAAGAUCUACUUUGCAAAUGAACGUACUUUCAUUCAAUGGCUUCAUUUUGCUGCUUUGCUUUUAUCCGUUGCGUUGACGCUCAUGAAUUUCGGUGAUCAUAUCAACAAAAUUGUCGGUGCCGUCUUCUUUGGUAUCGCCUUCAUCUUUUCCAUUUAUGCUAUCGCGUUUUACAGAUGGCGUGCAUGGCGUAUCACUAAUAAACCACAUCUCCGUUACGAUGAUAUGUUCGGUCCCGUAUUCUUAUGUAUCCUUUUACUUGGUGCAUUGAUCACCAAUUUUGCUUUGAGAUACAACUCUCCUCCAGAAAAUACGACAUUUUUGGGUGUUGGCAAUAGUACAUCUACAGCUUCUGUUGCUGCUGCUACUCCUGCUGCUCCUGCUGCUACUGAUGUCGGUCUCUAAACAACAAACAAACAACAAAACACACAUGCACAUACACCAUACAAAUUGUAUACAUUUAAUUCAUACCCUAAACGAUAAUUUCUAUAAUAAGAGGUUACACGUUUACAAUAAAUAUUAUAUAUUUUACUAUCGGAGUAGUACUUCCCAUGGUUGGGAUGAUCCAUGUUUUGAAUAAUUAUGUGAUGUGAAACCCAUCGGUUUUUGAAUUAAG